AUGGCCACUUACACGGACUCUGAAUCAGCACAGAUAGCUGUAACUGCUGUUCAUUCCUUGCUGGCACUUCUGGAUAUUGCUGGAAACUCUCUCGUCUGCGCCGUCAUACUGAAAAAUAAAGACAUGAGGACUCCGGUAAACUACCUUCUGCUAAACCUUGCUGUAGCAGAUAUGACUGUGGCGACGUUUUUCAUCCCGCAGUAUAUUUUUAUCCACGCCUUCACUCACCCAGAUGGGGUCAUCGGUGACGUUUUCUGCAGACUUCUAACUGGAGGGAACUUGGCAUGGGUCGGAGGAGCUUGUUCUGUUUUCACUCUGGUUGCCAUCGCAAUUGAACGCUUCUAUGCUGUGAUGUAUCUUCACGGAAAUAAAGGGAAACUAACGACUAAAAAAAUCAAGGUGCUCAUACCUUGCUCAUGGAUUUUUGGAGUGAUCAUGAAUACCCCUGAGUUUCUAGUCAAGAACUUUGAAAAACAGCAGGAUUUCUGCACUCAGUUCUGGCCUGCAGAAUGGAUGGGAAAAGCUUUUGCUAUAACUUGGUGGCUUGUUCUUGGAGUUUCCCCAGUGUCAAUUAUGCUUGUAUUAUACUCCAGAGUGGUGUACACCUUGUGGUUCAAACAAAAUGCUUCUACUGAACAAACCAACAUGCAACAGGGAGUGAUGAAGGUUCGCAAACGAGUGACUUUGAUGGUGAUUCUUGUCAGUGUUAUUUUCGGAGUCAGUUGGCUAACAGACUCGACCACCUUCUUCCUGGGUUAUUUUAGUCCCAGUCACUCCUUUGGCGACGUAACAUAUGCCACUGCGUCUACAAUGAUUAUGUUCAAUUCUGCCAUCAAUCCUUUCAUAUACGCGCUGGUUAACCAGAGAUUUAGGGAAAAGAUUAAAGGCACCAUCUGUUGCUCCUGCCGCCCUAAUAACAGGAUUCAUGCUGAAACGGAACCCCAGAAGCUGGGCGGAACCAACAGCGCGACUAACCCAACCCACACUACAUGGGAAAACCCCAACGAGUAAAAACACAAGGGACAAGUAUCGUAACGAAGUCCUCUAAUC